AUGCAUGAGCGCGUACCUGAGUGGGCCAUCACCGCCCAGAGAUAUGUGGCAUUCGGCUCACUCUUCUUCAUCCUUCUGUCAAUCUCUACCUUCUGUCUGGAGACCCAUGAGGCCUUCAACACCAUCUACAACAAAACAGAGAAUGUCACUGUUGGCAACCAAACGCAUGAGGAGAUUGUGUAUGAAGUUGUCACAGAUGGUUGGCUGACGUAUGUGGAGGGCGUCUGCGUCAUCUGGUUCACCAUCGAGGUCAUGCUGCGUGUCAUCUUCUGCCCCGACAAGAACGAGUUCUUCCGCAGCGCCCUCAACAUCAUAGACUUUGUAGCUAUUGUGCCCUUUUACCUUGAGGUGGCGCUGAGUGGCCUCUCUUCCAAAACAGCCAAAGAUGUGUUGAGCUUCCUGCGAGUGGUGCGCUUUGUUCGGAUCUUGCGUAUAUUCAAGCUGACCCGCCAUUUUGUUGGCUUACGGGUCCUGGGCCACACCCUGCGAGCGAGCACCAACGAAUUCCUGUUGCUAAUCAUUUUCUUGGCACUGGGUGUCCUCAUUUUUGCUACCAUGAUCUACUAUGCUGAACGCAUUGGAGCCGAUCCAGAUGACCCAACAGCUGCGGCCCACACCAACUUUAAGAACAUCCCAAUCGGCUUCUGGUGGGCUGUGGUGACCAUGACCACUCUUGGAUACGGGGAUAUGUACCCUGAGACAUGGUCAGGAAUGCUGGUGGGUGCUCUCUGUGCUUUGGCAGGAGUACUGACCAUCGCUAUGCCUGUGCCCGUCAUCGUCAACAACUUUGGCAUGUACUACUCCCUGGCCAUGGCCAAGCAGAAGCUCCCCAAGAAGAGGAACAAGCACAUCCCAAGAGCACCACAGCCAGGGAGCCCUAACUACUGCAAACCAGAUGCUCUGGCUAUGGCCACUGCUUCUCCACACAGGCUAAUGGGCAACGUGCUCGGGCCAGGCAUGGUGGGAUCUGGGAGCAUGAUGGGUACUGGAGAUUGCCCUCUGGCACAGGAAGAGAUCAUAGAGAUAAACAGGGCAGACUCAAAGCAGAAUGGUGAUGCAGCAGCCAGUGCAGCAGCCCUGGCCAAUGAGGAUUGCCCCACCAUUGACCAGGUCCUUGGGGAUGAGCGCAGCCCAGCUACUGGAGGUCUGGGCUCCAACACGAGCCGCGAGCGCUACCCGCACGACCGAGCCUGCUUCCUGCUGAGCGCGGGGGAGUUCCAGCGCACCACGGACGGGAAUGUUCGAAAAGGUAGAGGGAACUCUAUUAAGAGUGGGAUGGGCGUCAGGUGA